AUGUCCCUUACAUUGGGGGUCAGUGGGAAGAAUGUCCCUUACAUUGGUGGUCAGUGGGAAGAAUGUCCCUUACAUUGGUGGUCAGUGGGAAGAAUGUCCCUUACAUUGGGGGUCAGUGGGAAGAAUGCUCCUUACAUUGGGGGUCAGUGGGAAGAAUGUUCCUUACAUUGGUGGUCAGUGGGAAGAAUGUCCCUUACAUUGGGGGUCAGUGGGAAGAAUGUCCCUUACAUUGGGGGUCAGUGGGAAGAAUGUUCCUUACAUUGGUGGUCAGUGGGAAGAAUGUCCCUUACAUUGGGGGUCAGUGGGAAGAAUGUCCCUUACAUUGGGGGUCAGUGGGAAGAAUGUCCCUUACAUUGGGGGUCAGUGGGAAGAAUGUCCCUUACAUUUGGUGGUCAGUGGGAAGAAUGUCCCUUACAUUGGUGGUCAGUGGGAAGAAUGCCUUCCUUACAGAUACUGUAGCUAUCAUUGGUGUAUGUGGUUACAUAUGUGAAAGUAAUAAAUUGCUCAU